CCUACCCCCACCCAAUAAAAGUUGGCCCAAAGUCGCCUUUGAACUUUAAAUUACCACUAUCUUGUGAUGUGUGCCCAAAUCUUGAAAAAUCAACUAAAAACUGUGGGGGAUCACUGGAGAUGAAGUGGAAUUGGAUAUGGGUGGUGGGUUUACUGUGGGUGUUGGGAUUAUGGGGAUGGAGAAUUGUGAAUUGGGUUUGGUUUAGGCCGAAGAGGGUUGAGAAGUUGUUGAGACAACAAGGCCUCGCCGGCAACUCUUAUCGCUUUCUCUUUGGUGAUACAAAGGAGAUUACGGAGGCCGUCCGGCGAGCAAGAACAUCGCAGCCCAUGAGCUUUUCCCAUCAUAUUGAUCCACGCACAACCCCUUAUUCUUAUCCCACCAUUCACAAAUACGGUAAGGAUUCUUUCACAUGGUUUGGAACAACUCCAAGAGUAUAUAUAACAGAGCCAGAACAAGUGAAGAUUGUUUUCUCUCAAAUCAAUGAAUUUCAUAAGACCUCUUCUUUUCCCUUUAGAAGAAGAAAGGGAAGUGGGCUUGCCUCUCUUGAGGGACCUAAAUGGGCUAAACACAGAAAGAUCAUCAACCCUGCCUUUCAUGUGGAGAAGUUGAAGGAUAUGUUUCCAGCAUUCUCGAAGAGUUGUAGAGAAAUGGUUAACAAAUGGGAAAACAUGAUUAGUGAAGAAGGAAGAAGUGAAAUAGAUGUGUGGCCUGACUUACAAAACAUGGCUGCUGAUGUGAUUUCUAGAACUGCAUUUGGAAGUAGUUAUGAAGAAGGAAAAAAAAUCUUCCUGCUCUUGAAAGAGGCAGCUUCGCUAUCCACUACAUACCUAACAAACAGAAUCUAUUUCAUCCCAGGGUUUAGGUAUAUGCCAACUAAAUUAAACAAGAGGAUGCGAGAGACUGAUAGGAAAAUACGAGAUAUGGUUUUGAGUAUUAUAAACAAAAGACAAAAUGCUAUGGAGAAAGGUGAAGCUUCAAAUAAUGAAGAUCUUAUAGGGAUCCUAUUAGAAUCAAAUGCAAGUCAAAUUGAAGAAGACCAAAACAAGAAAGAAGUUGGAAUGAGCAUAGAAGAAGUAAUUAAUGAAUGCAGGCUUUUCUAUUUUGCUGGUCAAGAAACCACAGCUGCAUUGCUUACUUGGACAAUGAUUCUACUUGGUCGAUACUCGGAAUGGCAAGAUCGAGCGAGAGCAGAAGUCUUGGAGGUUUUUGGUGAUAACAAGAACUUGGAUUUUGAUCCUCUAAGUCAUCUAAAAAUAGUAAGCAUGGUUCUGAAUGAAGUUCUUAGACUGUACCCUCCGGUUGGAAUGUUAGCUCGAGAGAUUCAAAAUGAAACAAAAUUGGGGAAUUUGACAUUACCCAGUGGAGUGUCAAUAGGAAUACCAAUCUUAAGUAUGCACCAAAAUCCCAAAAUUUGGGGUGAAGAUGCAAUUGAGUUCAACCCAGGAAGAUUUUCAGAAGGAAUCUCGAAAGCAACAAAGAAUCAAGUAAGUUAUAUUCCUUUUGGAUGGGGUCCUCGUAUUUGCAUUGGUCAAAACUUUGCAAUGAUUGAAGCCAAAAUAGCAUUAUCGAUGAUUUUGCAACAAUUCUCAUUUACACUUUCUCCAACUUAUACUCAUGCUCCUAUCACAAAUAUCAUUAUUCAGCCACAACAUGGAGCUCAUCUCAUCCUUCGUAAACUAUAAUAAUACUUUUGGUUUCAUCCUUCAUAAGCUAUAGUUUUUUAUUCUACUGUCUUUAGGUACAAACAUGAAUGAGGUUAUUCUAAAACCUCUUACGCUUUCUUUGUUUCGUCAAUAGUUUUGAUUUCGUAAAUUGGUUUUUUUAAUGUUAUUUAACUCGAUGUAAUUAUUUUAAAAAUGAUGUGGAAUAUGAUUAAAUGGAAGAAGUAUCCUUACUAUA